CCAAGUCCCCAAAUCCAAUUGCCAAAGAACAGCAUGAGUGAACGACUCCUCGAAAUUUUCGCUACGGCGGACAUUCCCUCAGGCCAAGGCCACUACGCCGAGCGCUUUGAUGCCAGUCAUCCCUUGCUGAUGCCAUUCAAUGCCUAUGUGAAUCUUGCCUACACGGCCGUCGGUGUUGUCUGGCUUCUCCGCUUGAGAUUUCAACCAAACCCAAUUCACAGCAAUCGUGCCAUUCACAACGCGUACUUGCUGUAUUACCUCGCAUUCGCUUGGGCUGCAAUUGGAUAUAGCUUUAUUCAGUUUCAACGAAUCACCACCCAGGACCGCUUCUGGGGACUGCUGGAUCAAUGGGUGACGCUGCCCAUUUUUGCACUCGUUCCGGCUUGGACCUUUGCGAUUCAUCGUAAUUUCACUCAAACUGCCGCCAAGCCUGCCAUUCACGUUGCCACCGCCGCGUUCCUCCUCGCAGCAUCGGCGCUCAGUUAUUUUGCGGAAGCCUUCUUUCCUCGCGGGUUUGAAAUAUCUCUGGGCAUUCACAUUGUUCUUGCCGCGUAUUGCGCCCAAACUCUUGUCCGUGAUGCGUACGCCGCCUUCUGUCGCCAACGCAGCUCGUCCGCCAAGGACAAGUCCAACGCAAACUUCAAGCCCAUCGCAUUUGCACUCUUGCUGCCAGUCUUUGGCGCCCUGGUAUCCUGCCUCGGGUUUGUGUUUCUCAAAAUUUACGAUUUUGAAGUUACCGCCCAUCUCGAUUCGCUGCAGUUGGACGCGAGCAUCUUCCAUACUGGCCAUCCAGAAGAAGGGUCCAUCAGCGCCGCGGAAGGCGCUGCUGAUUCACUUCUGACAAACCAAGGCCGCAUCACGGGACACUUCCUGUCAAAGAUUUGCGACGCCAUGCAAAUUCACUUUAUGCUGCUUUUCUUCACUCGCGUUGUGGCUCACGUUCAUGUCAAAGAUCGCAAGGAUUAAACUGCAUGUUUCAUCGAGAG